CCCCUCCUCAUUCAUUAAUUUUUCGUCUCCCUUCAUUAAGAGUCCCACCUUCCCAUCCUCCCUCAAAUUGACCUCGCAAUUCAAUUCCCUUUUCCACUACUUCCUCCUCCGCCAUCAUCUUAGCUCACAGGCGCUGCUGAAGCUAUGCGUGAAUCAAUUCUUUCGACUCCUCCUCUUUCUCUUCAUUCAGCGCCUGUCGUCCACAUCGAAAACAAGAUUAGCCCCAGCGUGUUACUCAUAAUCGUGAUCUUAGCCAUCAUCUUCUUCGUCUCCGGCCUCCUCCACCUGCUGGUGAGGUGCUGCCUCGUGAGACCCAUCUCCCGGGAGCCGGAGGAGUACCUUGACGGCGUCACGGCGUUUCAGGGCCAGCUCCAGCAGCUGUUCCACCUCCAUGACGCGGGGGUGGACCAGUCGUUCAUCGACAUGCUCCCUGUUUUCCUCUACAAGUCGAUCAUGGGGCUCAAGGAUCCCUUCGAUUGCGCGGUCUGCCUCUGCGAGUUCGAGCCCGAGGACAAGCUCAGGCUGCUGCCCAAGUGCAGCCACGCCUUCCACCUCGAGUGCAUAGACACCUGGCUCUUGUCCCACUCCACCUGCCCUCUCUGCCGGAGCAGUCUCCUCCACGGUUGCUGCUCCCCUCGCAGUCCCGGGGUCCUUGUUCUUGAAUCAGCAAGCGAGACAGCCUCCGAAAGAAGAGACUCGGUCCCGGCUGACGACGACGACGACCGCGAUGAGGGCAAUGCCUACGCGGAGGUUGCCGCAAAGGAAGAUAUGCCUGUCACGAUGGCCGUCAAGCUCGGCAAGUUUAAGAGUGUGGAUGCUGUUGGUGAAGAAGCCACGAGCAGCACUGUCGAUGCCAGUAGUUUAAAUCAGAGGAGGUGCUUCUCCAUGGGGUCUUAUGAGUAUGUGAUGGAAGACACCACAAUGCUUCGGGUGCCCAUCAAACCUCCAAAGAAACCUUCUGUCAAGAAGCCCGGCCACCGAAUCGCGAUGUCCGAAUGCGAUUGCCAUUCGAGAAGGGAGGGGUUUAGAGGGCUUGCUAGUGCCAUACCUCGGCGAGAAAGUGAUGUCGGUGCCAUUACUGUUGGAGGUUUACAUUUGAAAGAGAGCUUCUCAGCUUCCAAGAUUUGGCUUCAGGCCAAGGAGGAGAAGAGUGACUCUUCCAGGAGGGCCAUCUCUUUUCGGUUGCCAUUGAAUCGAUCAGCGAGCGAUCGGUUGAAGCUCAAAGCCAAUGCCAGCCCUGCCAUCACCAUUGCUUCAGAGUUCAAUGUCUCAUCAUGGGGGAAAAGUUCGAGCGAGGUGGAUUUGGAUGUGGAAGUUGGAAGCUCUAACUACAGUGUGGGAUCUCAGAUCAGCGAGGUUCCUUCAUUUGCAAGAAGAACAUUGCUUUGGCUAGUAGGAAGGCAAAACAGAGUGGGGAAUCAACUCUGACAUGGAUGUUGGUGGUGUCUUAGUAUUCAUUCAUUCAACCAUGGAUUUUACAACACAUGUUUCUCAGAGACGACUAAAGCUGAUAUGUAUCUGGAAGUAAUAGUGCUUCUGUUGUAUUGUAAAUAAAACUAGCUACUUUAUCUCAUGCCGAAAAUAUGAUAAGGAUGUUGCAAAACCAAACUGAAUUCUCACUCUGAAAGGUUUUCCUGUGAUACAAACACUCUCAUCUAAUAACGGGCUUCCAUAUUCUAUUAUAGAGAGAAGAAAUUCUGAUGUAUCAAAAUGUAACUUCCAGUCACUUGAACAAAGUUGCCGGCCAU